AUGAGGCGGCCUUGUGCAGCACAUUCAGUUGCCUGCAAACAUCACGAACGAGAGAUUCAGCUGGGUUCAGAUGAAUCUCUCGAAAAACCAAGGAAACUACUCACAAGGUUGCCGAAAACUCAACGACGGCCCACCACCGGUUUUGCCCUUCUUGGAGCUCAUCAGAUAGGACUGUUUUCGAGAAAUACACUCAUUUGCAAAUCAAUUUGUUUUUUACGAGACUCAACUGAAUCUCUCGUUUAUGAUGUUCUACAACUGAAUGUGCUGCACACAGGCCGCCUCAUGUUUCAGUUGGCACGAUAUUGGCACGAUAUUCCUGUUUAA